AAAAGCGACUGCGAUGUUAAAAAAAUAGUGAUAAAAUCGCCGGUACUGAAAUAUCGCUCAUCACUAGUAUAUAUUGAUAAUUAGAAAUUUGUUUUGCCGUGAUAUACUUUAAUGUUGUGUAAUAUAUUAUUGAUAUAAAAUAAUUAACCAGUGAAGGUGUGGUUAUGGACAGUUCUGAAAACAAUAGUAGAAAGCCUCGACGCACUCGUGGGACACCUGCAUAUCAGUUCCGAAAUAAAUUUGCAUUUGGUUGGAUUGGUUUAGGAGCGGUGUUUUUAGCAGCUUGGGUGUAUACUCCAACAUUUAAAAAGAUUAAUAAAGGCCUUUGCGACUCGUUAUUUACUCCAACAGAAGAGGAGAUCGAUCGUCGUUAUUUAUUCAGUUUUCCUAAGCCUCUAACCAGCAGAGAAAUACAAAAACGUAUUGAUGAAGGAAAAGAGUUUAAUUCUCAAAGAUAAAACUUGCUAAUGGAUCGGG